AUGGACAGCUACAGGAUAGCAAUAUGCCUCAAGAACAACCCAAGUAAGAUGAUAGGGACGUUUUUUGCAAACGAGGACGGGAUGGUAAAGCUUGAGAAUGCAUUUUUUGAGUCAAACUCGAAGAUUGUGUUUCCUACGAUUGUGAUUUCCGAGAGUGAUAUUGUGGGAGUGAUGAGAGUUGAGGAUUGCGAGGUAAGAAGCAUAGCUGAGAAGAGUGGUGGCAAGAACGUAAGCAACGAAGGAUUGGAACAUGUGGAUGGGGAGUUUAAAAUAGAUUCUGAGAUUUCUAAUGCAAAAAGAACAAGUACAGGUGGAGUAAGUAAGAUUGCAACAGGUGAUUGUGGAGUAACGCAUAACUAUGCUGAGGCACAACAAGAAGGAAAGGAUUGGAAUCAGUUUGAAGCAAACUCAAAGCUUUUUAAUAUAGACGGAAAGUUUGAUGAGCAAGAGUACAUGGAGGUGAUUGACAGGACAUGUGAAGUUUAUAAGGCAAAUAUAUUAAUUGCAAAAAAAAUUGAGAAUGAAAUAAUGCACUCAGCAACAAAUGAUCAGCAUAUACUUGAGGAGCGAGGAGUGAAGGUAAACAGAGAGGAAGAUGCAUAUUCAAGCGUGAUUAGAAAAACAGAGGGUACUGAGGAUGCAAUACAUACUGAAACAUCGUUUGAAGGAAGAAAGGACAAAGCAAUGAAACUGAAGAACAACACAGUUAGAAGAAAGAUGGUGAUAGAGAUUGAAGGAUUGUCACAUGAGACAGGUACAGAAAGCUCUGGAUUUAUAGACGGAAGCAACAGAGAAGAUAAAAGAAAAGGGGAAGUAGGUAGAAGCAUAGGAGUGACAGAUGAGAAGAAGAUGAAUGGAUCUAUACCGAAAAGCGUGACGUAUGGAUGGAUGAAUACGCAAUUUGAGUCGAUUGAUCAAAUGCUCAAUACUAUGAAGUCCAAGUUUGUUGGGAAGCUUGCAAAUGAAGAAAACGAUCAGAAAUGGGGAGCUGGGAUUAAUUGGAAGACUGGAGCAAAGAGUGUAAUUUCAAGGUCCAUGAAGACUAAUAAGGCCCCAUUACUUGGAAAUAAGCAGAUAAUUAAGAAGGGAUCGACUACGAAGUAA